GAUGGACUGAGCGCCAGGCUGCUGCCCGCCUCGCCAUGGACAAGCAGGGCACGUGUAGCUCCGCCGUGGCCAGGAGCAGGAUCAUCCCCAGGCCCCGGGUGGUGCUGGCAGGUGCCCGCUCCGCCAGCUGUGCCCAGCUCGGCAGCCUCGGCAGUACCAGAAACUGCCCUUGCAAAAUGAGCCAGCUUCCUCCGAAGAGCCCUUUGCCAUCCCCGCUGUCGGAGGGCACGAAUUCCAGGAUAGACUCUUUGGACAACAUGUCAAUGGACAGUUUUUGGCUGGAAGUAGAGAACAUUAAACAGAGCACUGAAGCUGAGCAAGAGGAAUGCAGCCUUGCAGAUGUCAAAACACAAGAGGAGGGAGAAGCUGAAGCUGAGUGGCUCCAGGAUGCAGGUCUGUCCAACCUCCUUGGGGAUCAUGCCUCAGAAAAUGACAAUAUUGUGCUGCUGUCCACCCUGACCAAAACGCAGGCUGCCGCCGUGCAGCGGCGGCUGGACACCUACUCACGGUCUCGGAGGAGGAGGAGCAAGCAUCCUGUGCGUGACGUCAGAGACAUUUUUGGAGUGGUCAGCUCAGAGGAGACAGCAGCAGAGAAAGAGGUGCCCAGCAAAGAUCAGUUGUGGCACAAUCUACGGACUUCAAGUGUACAGAGAACAGAAGCCCAGGAUUACUCCUGCACGGUUCGAAACACUGGGAAAGAGGAGGCAUUCAACAUGGAUGUUGCCUACUCAGAGCAAGCAGCUGUCCUGCUCAAGGGAUCAUUCCUGCCUGAAUCUAGGAGGCUAAAGGAUGGAAAUGCCCUGACUAAGUUUAAGAUCCCCAAGGGCAGACUAGGAGUGACCAGGAUUGGAGAUCUAUCUACUCAGGACAUGAAGAAAAUCCCCACACUGGCCCUUAUUGAACUGACAGCUCUCUGUGAUAUUCUGGGCUUUGAGCUGAAGAGAAACAAAGCAGCAAAACUGAAAACAACAGAAAAGAGACUCUUUGGAGUUCCACUCAACACCCUGUUGGAAAAUGACCAAAAACUGCUCCCCAACACCAAGGUCCCUCUGUUACUUCAGGCACUGCUAUCCUGCUUGGAAAAGAGAGGACUGGAAACAGAAGGCAUUUUGAGAGUUUCAGGGUCCCAGACCAGAAUCAAGAGCCUGGAACAGAAGCUAGAAAGGGAUUUCUAUACUGGCCUCUUCCGCUGGGAUGAUGUCCACCAGAAUGAUGUGUCUGGGCUGCUGAAAAGAUUCAUAAGAGAGCUGCCAGCCCCACUGCUGACAGCAGAGUACCUCCCAGCUUUUGCUGCUGUGCAAAAUAUCCCAGACCUGAAGCAGAGACUGCAAGCUCUAAACCUCCUGAUCUUGAUUCUGCCAGAGCCCAACAGAAACACUCUAAAGGCUCUACUUGAGUUCCUCAGCAAAGUGGUUGCCAGGGAGAACAACAACAAAAUGAACCUCUGGAACGUUUCCACAGUCAUGGCCCCAAAUCUCUUCAUGCACAAGGGGCUGCCAAACAAGAUUCCUGAAGGGAAGGAGAAACAGCUGGCAGAGGGAGCAGCUGAUGUCGUGCGGAUGAUGAUCCACUACCAGGAUUUACUCUGGACAGUCUCCUCUUUUCUGGUAGCCCAAGUGAGAAAGCUGAAUGAGAGCAGCAGCAAACGGUACCAGUUCUGCGACAAGCGGAUUAAAAACCUGCUGCGGAAGAUACACGCUGAUAAAGACAAGGUGGAGAAGAGCCAGGCAGAGCCUUCCAAGACUGUGAAAGUCCACGCUUCCCUUCUCCUGAAGGAUUCCCUAGAAGUACAUCUGAACAAUGCAACCAGAGUUGCUGAUGUCUUGAAGCAGUUUCAAAAGAACCUGUGCCAGAAUGGCUGGAAUAUUGUUAACACUGUCAACCUUCUCAAGUGUAACAACUCAGUGGACUGCACAAACUUGCUUCUGUAUGAAGUGGGAGGCAAUAUUGGUGAACACUGCCUGGACCCAGACACUUACCUCUUAGACCUGUACCACAUCAACCCCCAUGCAGAGUGGAUAAUUAAGCAAAAUCCAUCUUAUCCUCGAGUGUUCUAAGGAAAGCAGGAGUGAAGUGAAGCAUUUAGUUGAUGUUUUUUGGAAGGCAUGGACAAAAACAUGCGAAGAUGUUCCUGGUUUAGUCCCAGACUGGACAAUGCUUGUGUCAUUGAAGGAAAAGCAGCUUUGUGUGCUGCUUCCACAGCAGCUGGCUGUGAGUUCAGCAGCCUGCAUGCCAGCAGGGUGUUGAGAGCAGGCAGCAGUUAUUGGUGUGUAGCAGAAUUUGCAGGGGGUAUGAAUUAUUCUUGUCAAAAUAACCCCCCUCAAAACAAGCCCUGCAAACAAAGCUACAGUGAUUGUGCAGCAAAGUUGAAAUGUUUCAUCUCUUACACCAUGAAGGUGUCAGUUCUGGAUUUACUCUUUCUUUUGGUGACUUCUUUGAGAAGAGACAGUCAAGGCUGCAGUGGUACUAAUGGUGUCCCUUUGGUAAGAUCCACCCUUGACUCUUGCACAUCAUGAGAAAUUGUGGUCUUGUCUUUCACUAAGUAAGACACUGCUGUAUUCUUUGAAGAGUGAGAAAGGAUGCUUCCAAAAAGGUCAGAGGGGAUGUGAGGCCAACAUCCUGUACUGCAAUGAGUGUAACUAAAUACAUACAUGCAGAAGAAAGUAACUUGCCUUGGAAUAAAUAUGAGCUGGACAGCAGCCUUUUAUAUGUACAGUGUGAUAGGACACAUGUCUGGCCCACACAGCUCUGCUGGCAGGUUGCCACUGAUGAGGGCAAACCAUCCACUGAUCUUGCUGGACAACCUGUUUGUCAACAGAUGGCCAAAGAAACACUCUGAAGUGAACUUGAGGUUAGUAAUCUGACCUGGCCAUCUGAACUAAACUUCUUUUUGGAAGACUCUGGGAGGAUGCAGAUAAAACACUUCCUGCCUAAGAUGUGCAGUGGCUGAAAGAAGAGAUCCAGGCCUUUUUCUGUUUGCACAGUGUACCCACUGCUGAGCCUUGGCUGCUGUGGCUGCAUGUUCACAUCCCCCACAGCACAGCAUGAUGGCUGGAGAAGAGAAGACUUGCACCUUGCAUGACUGCAUAGUCGUCCUCUGACCUCACCUCAAAUUAGGCUGUGACUGUGCAAGAGGAGUGCGGAAGUGCUCAGCUGGAAUACCCUCGUGUGAGGAGCCCUACUCUGCAGUUGAGGGGGUGGAACUUGCACCCUUUCUGACCAUGCUGAUGAUUUUUUUUUAUAGACUGUUUUUAAACACUUUGGUAUUUAUUCCUGUGGCAGAAGCAGGGCUGCCCUGCAAGCGUAUACUCCAAGGAUUUCAUUUGCCAAACCCUAGCUGCACUAGUGACAAUCUCCAGUAUUAUUUCCUUUGUUCAGUGUAUUUGUCUCCAUUGCAGUCUGAACUUACCUUCCUCUGCUCUUUUUUAACCUCAGGCUGAUAUGUGGCUGUCUCCAUUCAGUAUCUCCAAGUCCUAGUCUCUAUUGUAAGGACAUUUCAUUCUGUGGCUUCUUUGUCCAUGUGGUUAAGAUCCUUGAGGAACAGCUGAGCUGUAGUCCACAUGGAUUCUGACCUGUUGUAUGUAAUGUGUGAGUGGUGCUCAUGUCUUCAAAUGAUGCUUGUAUUAGAGAAUCUGUCUAUAUUUUUGGUUGAGAUGAUGCAGAUGGACUGAGUGAUGGAAUCAUCUUCACUGAAAACCCAUCAUGCAAAAGAACUCCCCUUCCAAGCCUGACCUAGAAUCCCAGAGCCAAGACCUCUGGAGGUACUACUGUUGUUAUGGACUUAAAUUGUACCUGAAAGAGUCUGAUAUUUGUCCUUGAGGCUGGAUGUUUUGUGGCUUUUGGGUUGACCAAGCUGCUUUAAAACUGAGCAUUAAAAACUGAUGGUACCUAUUCACUCAUCACUUCUGGGGAGCUUUGUUGCAGUGAUGGAGCUUAGCAAAGAGCCAGUGCCGGAGUUUAUGAUACUCUUAAGAGAAGUACCCAACACAGAGUAUCAGUGAGAGAGAGAGAGGGGAACCUCUUCCCACUCAAAGAUCCCUUGUAAGCUAAAUUGCAUCCAUGCAAAUCACAUAAUGCUGCAUUUCCCCCCCACGCCUCACGAGGGGACAAGGCUGUGUCACUGCUGCUCUGAAGGGGUGCAGGUGACACCAAAACCCAUGUGAAUCAGUGCUGUGAAAGCCAAGUUGGUGGGAGAAUCUCAUGAGACAAAUAUCAGCUCUCAAAUUAGAAAGAAGAGCAAAAAAACCCCACCCCACAACUAAACUUCUCCCUUUCCUGAUGAUGGUUAUGCUCCUGAACUCUUUCUUCCUCUCUCUGUUCCAAGAAAUAUGACUUUUUCCAUCACUGAGGUGCAGCCUGCUUCCAAAUGCUGACUUUUAGUACCCUUUUUUAUUUGACCAGUUUUUAAUUCUGUAUUUAAAAUUCAUUUAUUCAACAAAACAAUAAAAGCAUAACAAAAA